AUGGCGGCCGGAGUUUCACAACAACCGGUGAAAAAAACUUUAUCAAAAAAUCUCAUGGAAAUGAAGGUAAUGCACCCUUACAUACCUCAAGGUGUCUGUGAGAUGUUCAAAUUUAUUUCUACUCUCUGUUUCAUUAUAUUUAGUUCAUGAAAAGGAAAGCAGAAACAGACUAUCGUCGCCAGCUCGAAGAAGAACGACAGCGUGCCAUCGAAGAAUCACAUUGGGUGCUGAAUGGACAAGAACAAGAAGAUAGGUUAGGAUUGAAUAUCGAAUAGAGGAAAGAGAUUUUCCAUUUCUGAAUUUUUCGUAAGGAUGUCAAAGGCUGCUGUUUUGUGCUGAGUUGGCAAUGGGUAGUCUCCUCCGCAACCGUUGUUUGGUCUGGAUCUCAGUCGCAACGCGCUUUCUCCCUCACUAGAUGAUAGGUUGACACCCCCGUGGCUACUUCAAAUUAAACCACGAACUCCUGUGAAUGAUGAAAAUGUGCCAUCUCCUCAAAAAUUCAUUACGCUAAUCAAUGAUAAGGCGACGAGAAUAGUCAAAAUUAUCGGUUGGUGGAUAUAAAUUUCAUCAUUUGUUCAUUCUCCUAUCUAAUUUACAAAUAAAUGUAUAGCAGCUUUAUAGGAGAAUUACUGAAUCGAUCUUGGAACCCAAAGGUGCCUCUGAGCAAAAUGUCAUAGUUGACUCGAGCUGCACAUUUAGUUAUGAAUUGCUGGCUCUCUAGAGAACCUGCUUAGGAAUGAGCAAUUGUUUUAGGAAAAUUGUAAUGAUAAUUAUUUUGAUGGAAAGGGGUGGUAUUGAGACAUUUUGUUAAUAAAAAUAUUUCAAUAUCAAUUCUAGUCAUAUUGUAUUACUUUUUUAGAAAACUAAUAUCAUCAGUAACUGUUAUUGGCCAAUUAAGAGUUUCUAGCAGAAGAGAAGUUUUCAUCAACUUACUUUUGAUGAACCCAAGUGUUUUACACUAUUUAAAUUUACCAUGAACAUUUGAAAUUUUUUUUCAGAAGUUGCAUUGAAUUUGAACCAAGUUAUGUACAAUGUGAAGACCUUUACCCAAAUGGAAGGAUGUCUUUUAAAAACUUUAACCCAACAGUUGAAGUGAGUCUCUUCCAUAUCUAUAUUUUUUUGUCAACAUGAGGAAAUAGUACUCCAGAUACAAAAUUCAAACCUUAUGUCGAAGUAUUUAGCUCAUUAGUCCCUAUUUCCUUUGAAGAAGAUGCAAGCUGUAAAUUGUUGACAAUGGUGAAUACCUGGGAGAAAGAUGUCCUUACUCACAAGCUAAUUAAAGUUCAGUUGUUAUGCAAGAAACAGUCAUUCACAAAGAUCUCUUUGUCAACUCAAUAAUUUGGAGAAAACAAUUGAGGUCAUUUAGUGAUAUAAAUAUUCAAUGAAGUUGAGAGAGGUCACCAGACAGAUAACAUCAGCUGGAUUUUGUGGACAUUUACCUUAGUUUGCUUUUUAAAUUGAGGCUCUAACUAUCUUGAUUUUAAUAAAUUUUGAUAGGAUUGGACUUGGGCUUCUGAUUGAUUUGCAUGAGUUUCCCUCUUUGCAAAAUAAAAGAAGAAUAAGAAGACUGUAGAUCUCUUCAUGGAUAAACAAUAAAAAAUUGUCACAAACAAUGAAAUAUAGAUUGCAAAUUCUGCCAACAGAAAAUGUUUAAAGAAAUGAUAGCUGAAGAAGAUUUAGCACAAUCAGAGGCAAGAGAAAGGGAAGAAACUGUCUCUGAUGAGGAGAUGGCUCAAAGGUAAUUACUGCUCUUAUCACAAUUUUUUUUACAAGUAUUUUGGUUGCCCUAAAGUAAUUUCACUUUGUUUGAAAAGUGAAAGAUAAUAGAAGACUUUACAGUUAAUUGUAAUCUCGAUGAUCGUUUGAUAAUAAUUAUUUGUUUGUAAUAAUUUCAUUUGAGAGAUGCCUGUAAAGUAGCAGUAGUAGCUAAUAAGUUUACCUUCAACAUCAGAGGUGACAAUCACUCACUCCUAAAUGGGAUGCUACCUGAAUUAACCAUCUGUCUUUGUUGUUGUUGCUGUUUUUUUUUUAACAGAUAUGAAAACCUUGUGGGAACAGUAACCAAGAAAUUUACAACAAAAAGGAAAAGAUCAUCAAUUGGCACGACUUGUGAACCUGACAGUCCAUGUUCAAACCAACCAUCAAAGAAAAUGAAACAUGGAUUUAUGAAACCCAGAGACUAAAAAAAAAGUUGACGAUAAAAGUAUUGUUCACUAGUUAGCCUGAUUGUUGGACAGUUUCAGUUCCCUGUUCUUCAAUCUCAGUCAGUGUUGGUCUGUUCAAUUAUCAGUUUAGGUACUAGUGUAUUAUCUAUACAAGUUUUUACAAGUACAAUUAUUAGUUUGAAAGAAUUAUUAGUGGAACAAGAAAGUGCUAUGAGAUCUUGGGUUGGCAUUGUUUUGUUAAUUACUGAGAUUAAUGGAUAGCAGAUAACAUUCUUAUUUAUUAUAAAAUGAAAUAGUUUAAGCCUUGUUUAUAAAUAUUGUCUACAUAGUUUUCUUUUAAACUGACAAUUUUUGAUCUGACAUAUAGAUUAAUAGUGGUGAAAUAAGCAGUGACACCAUACAAGAACAUUUGUGUCUGUAUAAGGCAAGAAUUUUUAAUCAAUGUUUUAAUGGUUGAAUGUGGGGCAUUGAGCACUAUAGGGUUUCAUAUAUCUUAUAAAUAAAAUCUUGACAAAGUGGUAAGAGGCUUUCAAGUGAAAGUACACCAUUGAUAAACAGAUUUUAGUUGAACUCCUAAAUUUAGAGCAUGAACAAGAAAAGUCUCAAAAAGCGUUUUUUUUGUACCAUACAUCUACUUAAAAGUCAAUUGAUUUGAAGAAAGAAAGGAAACUAGUGUGUUGUAGUAUUCAAAUAUUGGAAGUUUUUCAAGCAAAGAAAUACAUUUUUUAUAGUAUCCAUUAAAGCUGGGUGAUGGUUCGUAUGAAGAAUGAUGAGCUCCAUUUUGCUUUCAGUGAGAUUUUAAUAGCCUUCCUCUAUACCUUCUCAUAAGUACCCUAAUCUAAGAAGAAGUGAAUGUCAAUGAUUUUAAAUUAAGCAGAGUGUUAUCAGUUGGACAAAGUGCUGUUCUCAAAUGAGGUUCUCACAAACCUUAAGGGAAGACAUUGAUCAUGGAGGAGACCAAGAUAAGCUAAAUGGCAAUUUGCAGCAACACUGGGUUUGAUUUGGUUUGUUUAAUCAUUGACUAUGAUUUGUCUCUGCAACAUGAUGCAUGGACCAGUUUCUGCAAUUUGCAACCAAAUGGUCAUUGCCCUAUAGCUCUCGUGUCUUUAAAUUAACACAAGUAGGUACAAGCAUUACUCAAUUUUCAUGUACUGUGAUUUUUAUUACUCCCUUCUGUACAGUCAAUGAAGAAGGAAUUUUGGCUAAAUUUGUACUUGAAAUCAUCUGACUGAGAAGAUAAUGGUCAUAUUCUCUGAACUGAGUAAAAUAAUAUCAAAAUAGUACUAAAAAUGAGGAUAUUAGAUUAUUAAAUAAAUUUUCACAUAAUAACAAAAAAUGUCAAAACACUCUCUGAUCAAAUUUAAUCUCCAACCAGUGUUCUCCAGAGAUUUUUUC